AGUUCCUCGCGGAAUAUUACAGCAUUUAGGUACAUAAAAUCACAAAUGGAAUUCAAUUACCUACUUGUAAAUUAACGCGAGAACUGCGAAAAUCAAGUAUUCAAAAUGUUACUACAGAUUUAUGUUAUUUUGGUUAUUUUAACGUUCGUUCAAGUCUUGAAUGGAGUCAGCAGCAUAGAUGAAAUGGAUUUAAAGAGUAAUUGCAAAGCAAUACAUACCACCUCGGAGCGUUGCGAACAUGUUUUUCCAUUUUCAAAAAGUAACGGAGGAGAAGUAACCUUGUUAUUUUACGUGAAAUGCGACGGAUAUGCUGGCAUAUUGCUUUCGCCAACGUCAAACUUGCCAACAUCAUUUGAGGAACAAAAAAACCUGUACCAGAUAAUUUUGGGUACACAUGGAAAUACACAGACACACAUUUUUAACAGGAUAAGCCAAUUUAGCGGUCAGUGGCAUAAUGAGAUAAAUAUUACUUCACCGGUUGAAUGGCGCGAAUUUUGGAUCCGUGUAUCUUCGGAUGGAAUCAUUCAAGUAGGAAAGGGUAGAGAAAAAAAUGCUUUCUUGAAUUGGAAACCACCGAUUCCGUAUCCAAUCAACUAUUAUAGCUUUUUUACUUAUGGUAAUGACGACGUAUAUUGGUUUCAUCAAUGCACCGAUCAAAUUGAAAAAAAUCCAUGUAAUCCUUCGCCAUGCGGGCCAAACAGUGAAUGUCGAGUAGAAGAUAUUUGGGCAGUAUGUUCUUGCCAGAACAACUACUUUGGGUCGCCUCCGACGACGAUGUGUACACGCGAAUGCAAAUCAGACUCUGAGUGCCCGCAGAACAAAGCCUGCCGAGAGUUAAAAUGUCAGGAUGUAUGUGUAGGAAAGUGCGGUUAUAAUGCACAAUGUCAAAUGAUUAAUCAGGAGCCUAUAUGCAGUUGUAAGCAAGGAUUUACAGGAAACCCAUUCGUGCACUGCAUAAAAGAAGAAGAUUUGAAGAGUGAUUGCAAAGCAAUACAUACAAAAUCAUACAAUUAUGAAAAUUUUUUUCCGGUUUCUAAAAAUAACGGAGGAGAAAUAACGUUGUCAUUUUACGUGAAAGGCAAACGAGACGUUCACAUAUUACUUUCGCCAAGCGCAAACUUGUCAACAUCAAAGGAACAAGAAAAGGUGUACGAGAUAGUUUUGGGUGUUAACAAAAAUGAAUAUUCAACAAUCCGAAAGAAUCGAGGAUUUGGAAACCUCGGGAUUCAUUUUGAGACAAAUAUUACUUCGCCGGAUGAAUGGCGUGAAUUUUGGAUCCGUGUAUCUUCGGAUGGAAUCAUUCAAGUAGGAAAGGGUGGAGAAAAUUAUGGUUUCUUGUAUGGGAAAGAUUCAGAUCCAUAUCCAAUCAACUAUUAUAGCUUUUCCAGUUAUGGUGAUGCCGACGUAUAUUGGUUCCAUCAAUGCACCAAUGGAAUUGGUUUAAAGAGUAAUUGCAAAGCAGUACAUACCACCUCGAACAUUUGCAAAAACUUUUUUCCAUUUUCAAAAAGUAACGGAGGAGAAGUAACCUUGUUAUUUUACGUGAAAUGCGACGGAUAUGCUGGCAUAUUGCUUUCGCCAACGUCAAACUUGCCAACAUCACUUGAGGAACAAAAAAACCUGUACCAGAUAGUUUUGGGUAUAGAUAAAAAUACAUGCGCAAACAUUAUUACAAGGAUAAGCCAUUUUAGCAAGCAGGAGCAUAAUGAGAUGAAUAUUACUUCACCGGUUGAAUGGCGCGAAUUUUGGAUCCGUGUAUCUUCGGAUGGAAUCAUUCAAGUAGGAAAGGGUAGAGAAAAAAAUGCUUUCUUGUAUUGGAAACCACCGAAUCCGUAUCCAAUCAACUAUUAUAGCUUUUUUACUCAUGGUAAUGCCGACGUAUAUUGGUUUCAUCAAUGCACCGAUCAAAUUGAAAAAAAUCCAUGUAAUCAUUGGUCAUGCGGGCCAAACAGCGAAUGUCGAGUAGAAGAUAUUUGGGCAGUAUGUUCUUGCCAGAACAACUACAUUGGGUCGCCUCCAAAGACGAUGUGCAGACCCGAAUGCAAUUCAGACUCUGAGUGCCCGCAGAACAAAGCCUGCCGAGAGUUAAAAUGUCAGGAUGUAUGUGCAGGAAAGUGCGGUAGUAAUGCACAAUGUCAAAUGAUUAAUCACGAGCCUAUAUGCAGUUGUAAGCCAGGAUUUACAGGAAACCCAUUCGUGUACUGCAUAAAAGAAGAAAAAAAUCCAUGUAAUCCUUCGCCAUGCGGGCCAAACAGUGAAUGUCACAAAGAAGAUAAUCGCGCUGUAUGUUCUUGCCAGAACAACUACUUCGGUUCGCCUCCAAAGACAAUGUGCAGACCCGAAUGCAAUUCAGACUCUGAGUGCCCGCAGAACAAAGCCUGCCGAGAGUUAAAAUGUCAGGAUGUAUGUGUAGGAAAGUGCGGUAAUAAUGCACAGUGUCAAAUGAUUAAUCACGAGCCUAUAUGCAGUUGUAAGCCAGAAUUUACAGGAAACCCAUUCGUGUACUGCAUAAAAGAAGAAAAAAAUCCAUGUAAUCCUUCGCCAUGCGGGCCAAACAGUGAAUGUCACAAAGAAGAUAAUCGCGCUGUAUGUUCUUGCCAGAACAACUAUUAUGGGUCGCCUCCAAAGACAAUGUGCAGACCCGAAUGCAAUUCAGACUCUGAGUGCCCGCAGAACAAAGCCUGCCGAGAGUUAAAAUGUCAGGAUGUAUGUGUAGGAAAGUGCGGUAAUAAUGCACAGUGUCAAAUGAUUAAUCACGAGCCUAUAUGCAGUUGUAAGCCAGAAUUUACAGGAAACCCAUUCGUGUACUGCAUAAAAGAAGAAAAAAAUCCAUGUAAUCCUUCGCCAUGCGGACCAAACAGUGAAUGUCACAAAGAAGAUAAUCGCGCUGUAUGUUCUUGCCAGAACAAAUACUUUGGUUCGCCUCCAACAACAGUGUGCAGACCCGAAUGCAAUUCAGACUCUGAGUGCCCGCAGAACAAAGCCUGCCUAGACUUAAAAUGUCUGGAUGUAUGUGUAGGAAAGUGCGGUAAUAAUGCACAGUGUCAAAUGAUUAAUCAUGAGCCUAUAUGCAGUUGUAAGCAAGGAUUUACAGGAAACCCAUUCGUGUACUGCAUAAAAGAAGAAGAUGGUUCUAUCAAGAUGUUACUGAUCUGCGUGUUCAUAAUAAUGUUAUUAUUCUCAAUAAUAAUAAUUGGUACUGUUUUUUGCUGCAUAUACAAGAGGGAAAUGAAAAAAAGAAAAGGAGAAAUUGCAAACAUGACACGACUGGUAAAAAAGAUCGUUGUUCAAAAACAAAUUGAUUCCAAUGGUGAUUUUCAGGAUAUCAUGAGCAUGCCUGUUGUUUCAAUUCAACAUUUAAUAAGUGGAAAAGAUACAAGUGGAAUGAUAUCGGAUGGAGAAUAUGAAAUGUCAUUAGAUGAACGUUGGGAAUAUCCUCGAAAGAACUUGCGCACAAUAAAACUUUUGGGACAAGGCGACUUUGGACAGGUUGUUCAAGCUGAAGCGAGCAAUAUUUUAGGACAGGAAAACGGAACUACAAUUGUAGCGGUGAAAAUGCUCAAAGACAAUCAUACUGACUCGGACAUGAUAGAUUUGGUAUCUGAAAUGGAGGUACUAAAAGUUCUAGGAAACCACCCAAACAUCCUACGGCUGCUUGGCUGCUGCAGCCAAGGGGGACCCUUGCUUUUAAUCACAGAGUAUGCUGAUAAUGGAAACUUGAAACAUUUUCUUGAAAGACACCACCAUCAACCUACCGAACAGACAGAAAUUACUCUUUUGACUUAUGCUCAUCAAAUUGCAAAUGGGAUGACUUACCUAGCUUCUAUGAAGUGCAUUCACAGAGAUUUGGCUGCUCGAAACAUUCUUGUAACAGCGGACUACACGAUGAAAAUAGCGGAUUUUGGCCUAACUAGAAAUGUAACAGACUCGGAGUACUACAGGAAAACAACAGAAGGUAGACUUCCUAUAAAAUGGAUGGCACCUGAAACUUUAUUUGACAACAAAUACUCCAUAAAAUCUGACGUGUGGUCUUAUGGAGUACUAUUAUGGGAAAUUAUGACUCAUGGUGACAAUCCGUACCCUUCUGUUAAAACCCUCGCUGGAAUGCUUCGCGUGUUGAAUGAGAAUCGUCGCCUGGAAAAGCCCCCAAACGCGUCAACAGAUGUGUACAAUUUAAUGUUGGAUUGUUGGAAAUAUGAACCUGGCCAACGUCCAAAUUUCUCAAAUAUUGUUGAACGACUAACUGAAUUAUCAACAAAUGCUGAGAUGGUCAACGAAUCGUCUGAUGAAUCUGAUUUAAAAAGCAUAAUUUCUACAACAACCCCCACUGAAUUGGACGAAUUGAUUACAAAGUGCUCGUAUGAUGACUGAUGAGAAAGAUUAAGUAUUUUUGCAAGUGUAACAGUAAAUAUUAAGUUAAUGUUAGAAUAAUUAAUUAGAUGAAAUGUUAGGUUUUAAGAUAUAGGUAUUAAAAUUAGACAUUCGAUCGUUCUUUCAUUAUUUUUUGUAUAAAUUAAUGUUGCAUCGGAAAUAGAAGGGUUUUAAUGUUGUGGGAAGGAAGACUCUCCAAGAAUUAUAAUGUACUUAAUAAUAAUCCACAUAGGAUAGUUUAUUUAAAAAAAUUAUGAAUCACAUCUCUCAUGUGUUUAAGAAAUCUUCCAAGAAAUCCGUAGCAUGAAAAUUCAGCCUUCCACUUCUUGUAUAUUAUUCAUAUAUCCUCUUGUGUGUUAUAUACAUAAGAACUCAUAUAUCCUCUUAUAUGUUAUUCAUUUAUAUCCUCUUGUAUGUUAUUUUACAUAAGAUGUUGUUAUUAGGUGCUAUUGACCAAACUUUAAUUUAGUAGGUAGGUAUAUAAGCCCAUCGUCAAUGUUGUAUAGAUAGGUCAUAGGUGUGUUUGAUAACGUAUUGGGAAACAAGACAAUUUCUAAUGUGGUAUAGAUGGCUAUAAUCUGGGAAGUUUCUGUCUAAUUGAAUAAAUUGGAUGCUAGAUUGCGUUACUUGAAACAAGAUUCGUGUGUGUUGUUAGAACUUUUGAAUCUUGCUUCAAGUAACUUAUGAAUUUUCGUUAUGUAGAACAGACGUAUUUUUCCACGUUGAUUUUCUAUAAUAUUUUUUGAUUUAUGCAAUUAUGUUUCGAAUGUGAUAUUUCUACACAUUAUAAUGAUUUUUAGAGUGAA